AUGGCUGAAAGAAGAAGAGAGGAUUUUUGUCCAUAUCUAUCUAUCUAUCUAUCUAUCUAUCUAUCUAUCUAUCUAUCUAUCUAUCUAUCUAUCUAUCUAUCUAUCUUAGUCUGUUCAUAUUUAUCUCAGUAUGUCCAUAUCUAUCUAUCUAUCUAUCUAUCUAUCUAUCUAUCUAUCUAUCUAUCUAUCUAUCUAUCUAUCUUAGUCUGUUCAUAUUUAUCUCAGUAUGUCCAUAUCUAUCUAUCUAUCUAUCUAUCUAUCUAUCUAUCUAUCUAUCUAUCUAUCUAUCUAUCUAUCUAUCUAUCUAUCUUAGUCUGCACAUAUCUAUCUCAGUAUGUCCAUAUCUAUCUAUCUAUCUAUCUAUCUAUCUAUCUAUCUAUCUAUCUAUCUAUCUAUCUUAGUCUGUUCAUAUAUAUUUCUGUCUAUUCAUAUCUAUCUAUCUAUCUAUCUAUCUAUCUAUCUAUCUAUCUAUCUAUCUAUCUUAGUCUCGUUCUUCCUCAGUGUCAUCCAUGGGAUAUAGCUUUCUUGUUUAUAUCUAUUAUUUAUGAAUAUUCAUUUAUCCAUCUUUACAUAUUAUUUCUGAAUAUGAGUUUCCAUUUUGAUCUUUCCUUUCAUUUUAUUGUUCAUAUAUUUUUUCAUUCACAUUAUUUUUAUUUUUACUUCUUUUUCGUCAUUUUUUCUCUGUUUUUUUUCUAUUUUUCUCAUUCUUAUAUUUUUAAUUCCUUCAAUUUUCUUUCUAAUUCUUACAUCAAAAAGUGCUUUUAUUUCUGCAGUUCGUUGAUAUUUCCUUUUUUCUUGUAUAUUUUUCAUUCUUUCAUUCAUUCAUUCCUUCAUUCUUUCAUUCUUUCAUUCUUUCAUACAAACGCAAAUAUUUUUCCAUUCUGUUUUAUUCCUUUGUUUUCCUUAUUCGUCUAUUUUUUCUUUUAUUUCAUUUUUCCUUUUUUUAAAUUAGUUUUCCUUCCUUUACUUCUCCUUCUUUCUUUCUUUUUUUUCUUAAUUCUUUCUCUCUUUGUCUUUCCUAUAAACCCGUUUAUUCUUUUCGGUGUCCAUCUUUCUUUUCGUUUAAAUCAGUUUUCUUUUCUUCUUUUACCUCACUUUUUUUUCUGUAUCCUUAAAAAAAUAAAUUUCACAAUCUUAAGUUAUUAUUCCCUUUCUUUCUUUCUUUCUUUCUUUCUUUCUUUCUUUCUAUUCGAUGUCCUUUUCAUUAUUUCCAUAUCACACAUACCUUUUCCAUAUCUCUUAUCCCUCCAUAUCUGCCUCUCACUUUUCUUUCUCGAUUGUCUUCUCUUCUUCUUUAUCCAUUUUCUCCUUCAUAAUUCAUCCUUUCUUUUACUUUUCUCAUUCUUUCUUAGUCUACUAACCUUACUUUAUCACCACACAACUUCCUUUUUCCCGUCCUCAAAUGUUCUAAGUAUCUACCCUUUUCAUUUUCUUUCUUUCUCUCUCUCUUUCUUUCUCUCUCUCUCUCUCUCUUUCUUUCUCUUUCUUUCUCUCUCUCUCUUUCUUUCUCUUUCUUUCUCUCUCUCUCUCAUUCUUUCUCUUUCUUUCUCUCUCUCUCUCUCUCUUUCUCUCUCUCUCUUUCUCUCUUCUCCAACUUCUUUAUAG